GCCAGCUGGACGUCCCUGAUUCCCCUCCUAUUCCUGUAUCCAGAACCACUUCACCACAUCUUCAUUCAAUCGCAUCCUUCCACUACAAUGGCCGACCGUUUCCCCUCCUUAGAAGACUUCUCUGCAGGCCAGACGGAUGUCGUCGAGACCAACACCGCAGAGGACAACGACGACUUUCUCGCUCGCGAACGGGCCGCCCUCGGUGAAGAUGCGGAGCAGUUUGCUACGUCUCAAGACCACGUUGCCGAUGUGAAGGACGACAAUGACAAUCUACUGGGCGGAGCGGAGGACGCCAGCCCCGUGGCUGCGGAGGUCUCCGGGUUCGAGUCGUCGUUCCCGGCCAUCGACACACAGAACGAGCAAGUUGCCCCCGGCGGCACCAUCACCGGCACCGGUGCGCCCUUCCCGCCCUCCGGCUACGCCAGCUACCAGGAGCCCCAGGAGGAGCCGGAACCUGUGAAACGGAGAACUAAUAGCACCAGGGAAUGGCGCGCGAGACGCGACGCCGACAUCGCCCGCCGCGUCGAGCUCUCCGAGGAGAAGAAGGAAGCGACGGUCAAGAAGGCCCACGAGGACAUCGACGAUUUCUACGUCUCCUACAACAACAAGGCCGACAAGUUGCGCUCGCAGACCCGCACCGACGCCGAGCAAUUCCUCGCCAACCGGGAAGAUACCUCCGCCGGCGGCACCAGCUGGGAGCGCAUCGCCAAGCUGGUUGACAUCUCGGGCAAGGGCACCCGCGGCGGCGCGAGCGGCUCGGGCAAGGAGCGAUUCCGCGAGAUGCUGAUGGAUUUGAAGAAGGAUCAAAAUGCGCCGGGAGUCAGUGGAGUUUAA